AAGAUGCUAUUGAAGCAGGACCACUUUCACAACUACUUUCUUAUCAUUACUUUUGUUUCUGCUUUCAAUCCGCCGCGAGAGUGGCCGGCGUUCUACAUAGUGAUAGCCCCAGCAUUUACUAUUCUGGUCGUACGUAUCCUGAUAUGACCGCGGUGAGCAGGACGUCCGUUGUGCAGCCUGUUUGAUAAAAAGGCACUGCAAGAACGACGAAUCAAAACCAGCACAGCAUCAGUAUGAGUGAGAACAACGAGGAGCCCCCUGCACCGCCCGCGGAGGCAGAGGCGCCGCCCGCUCGGAGUGGAGGUGAGUCGGACAAUGAUUCCGCAUCUUCGUCCGGUUCAAGCAGCGCUUCUUCCGGUAUGAGAGUUCACAACUCCCCCCUCCGCCUCAUUUGUCACGCAAAAUACCCAAUCCACCCUUUGCCUCUUGGCACUGUUUGCAUUACGAGUUCUAGUAGCCCAAGUAGCACUACAAUCCAGUGCAAAUUUGUCAUGCAAAACCGACACUCUUGCUCAUGCGUGUAUUGCCGUUCGUGCUAUACAAGUGAGGGGGAGCAGGGGGGGUUGUGCACUGCCAUAUCCGGGUCAUCGAAAAGUAGCAGCAGUAGCAAUUCCAAAUCCAGCACGGCAGGUUGGAUAAUUUUUUUUUUCUGGACAGCUUCGUUCGAUUGACUCUGAUUCACGUUUCUUUGUCAAGGUCUCCUUGCUAUCGCAACUCGUAAAAAUAUGUUCUUGCCUGUACUUCUCACUUUCAACAUUUAUUACAAAAAACGAGAAGCUAUCCUGCGAAAAAAAAACUACCUAGGUGAGGGCACGACCGGUAGCAGCGCCUCUUCGUCCUCGUCCGCUAAAGGGGGUAUUUCUGCGGGAGAAGUUGACCCGAAUGCUCCUUUCUUGAAAAAGCCUCCUCCCGAGUUUCUAUCCGAGGAGGAAGACCCAACGCUGAAGAAAAUGGUGGUGAAUUUCUACAGUUUGAUGACAAACAUUCCACGUCCGGAGGAGCUGCUGGAUUUAUAUAAGCGGGUCUACAGCCGCGACGACGGUGACACAGAACAGGAUUUUGAGGACUACGUGAAGUUUCUGGUGCUGAAAUUGGAGGAACCAGACUUGGCGCUGCCGAAGCCCAACGUGGAGGACUUGUGGAGACUGCAUUUGAGCUCUGCGGAAGACUACGCCGCGUUUGUCACGGGUGUUGCAAAAGCGUAUUUGGAAGGUAUAGAGGGACCUGAGGGCUUUUUUUUUUCAUGAGUUAUUGAGUUUGCGUUUUAUUCAUCCUCAUCGACGUCGAGAGCAGCACAGAAGGUCUUUUGAUAGACUGUUGACACACAGAUUUAUUCUCGCGCCGAUCAGUUCACUUUUCGGGCGGAAUAAAAGGAAACAUAAAAAGAAUUAAUGUCCAAAUCGAAUUCUCCUGAUGAACUCCUAAACAGCCGAGCCGGCACCAGAAGCCACGGCACCAGCUGGGAUAGAACAAGCGGCAACCAGACUGCUGGACGACGUACCUGAAGAAGCAGCUGCAGACGGCGGCCUUUCAGGAACAACGGGGAGCGCGUCGGCGUCGCUGCAAGCCCCGAUGAAGUCGGAAGUUGCAGCUCCUGCGGAGGUAUCAACUGCAAAAAUGUCUGGGUCUGGAAACUUGUGAUGCUAAAAUGUGGAUGGUGGAAACCGAUCCGAAUGCAACCUAGCAUGACAACUUUCCAGAACGUUUUGUUCUCACAGGCAAUCCGCAUGACAGACUGCAUGUUUGCAUGUACAAAAGAGGUUGCGACCUUUGUUGGUUAUGCAAUACAGGUUUCCUAGGUAUGGAAAGCUAGCAUUACAAGUUCCAACCUUCCAGACCCAGACAUAUUUGCAAUGCAUAGGAGGAAGGCAACACGGCAGAUACUGCGGCGAAGAGCGUCGCGUCUGCACCGGGCGAAGAUGCAGCAGUGGCCGGAGAGGACGGAAAUAAAGACGAGGAUGUAAACGCUGGUGAGACGAAUAAAAUACAUGAAAAUAAUGUCGAAAAAGCCGCUCCGGACGCGGUAGAAGGAGCCGCUGGUGAAGAAGAGAAGAAACCAGAAGAAGCCGCGGCCCCGGAGGAAGAGAAGAAACCAGAAGAAGAGAAUACUGCUGCGGAUAAAGAAAAUGAACCCAACGACGGUGAUGCGGAUGCGAAAGGAGAAGAACCUACUACUGAGGGCGGGGCUGAUACAGGGGACAAAGCCGCAGCGGACCACGAUGGUACUAACGAUAACAAACAAGACAAGUCGGACGUGUUGAGCGAAAAGAGCGCGCGCAGUGCGAAGUCCUUGCCGACGAAGAUCGGAGGUGGCACCACUACCGCGGCAAGCGACGCAGCCGUAGAAGGCAACCUGGACACCACCGCAGCCGACAAGAUGAAGAAAGUCAGUUCCCGCUCGGGCCCGCCGUCCGUGGAGGGACGCGCGGCGCCGACGCCGCUCGACUUGGUCGCGUUGAAGGAGGCGCUGCUGGCGAAAAACCCAGACCGGUUGACCGUGGACGAGCUGGUGAUUCAGAUGCGGUUGCGACUCGGCGAACUGUCCGAGGAUCGGCAGGAACCGCCCGAAGAGGAGCUCUCGGUAGACGGCGAGAUCCGCCGCGUAUCCUGCGUAAAAACGUCCGCGCGCUACAGUCGAUUUGGGAACAGCUGCAGCACAGGUUCAGAAGUUUUGGGAGUCACGCAUGACAAGUUUAUUUUCGCUGUAGUGUCGUGUAGUCCUAGUCUUGCAAGGGAUCCCGCAUAACGAAUGCGUCUCCUUAUCCUGUUUAAAGCAUUACAAAUUCUCCCAAAGCACGAUUGGAAAUUCCUCUCACACUCACGGGGAUGCGCAUUACAAAUGUUUGCGUAACUCGUUUCUUGGGGACGUUUUUACAAAGGAUACAGUGCUCGAACGACCUUGCGGUCAGCGGAACUGGAAUUGCUAGAACUGGAAGAGUAUGCAAUUCUGCAAAAGUAGUACCGCUACCGUACUAAUGUAGGAAUUCCUGCAUUGCAAACUGAACAAGGAAAAAGAGAAUUUGUCAUCUGUCAUGAAGAUAGACUGACUGUGCAAAAAUUUGUACGAGUACCUAUCCCUACGGUAGUACAACUUUUGCAAUUUGCUUUUGCAUAAACCGCUGUCCGGGCUGCGCGCCGAGGUGAGCGCCCAGCGGGAUCUGGAGGAAAAGCGGUCGGAUCUCCGGUCCGCAAUGGCUGCGCUGAUUACCGCGCAGCAGGAAGCGCUGCAGAGGGCCCGGAAGUUAGUUCAUGAAGGUGCAAUAUGCAUUGCAAAAAUGUCUGGGUCUGGAAGAUUGCGAGAUUUGUCAUGCAGGUUUUCCAUGACCCAUGAGGUUUGGUAUGCAUGACAUAGCAUGACACAUUCUGCGGGACCUUUCUAAUGCCUAAGCUGCAUAAGAAACUGCCUCUCGAUUAGGUCAAAAGUGCACAGCUUUUGGCAAUCAUGCAACACAGGUUUUCGCCUGGUUCAGAUUUAGCAUGACAAGUUGCAUUCUUCCAGACCCAGACACUUUUGCAUUUGAUAUACAACCGGUAGCAGUUGCAGUUCCUCGGCGUCGUCCGGAUUCGGGUUGACGGGAUCCCUAUCAAAUGCAAAAAUGUCUGGGUCUGGAAGAAUGCAAGCUUUGUGAUGCAUAUUUCUCAUGACCCAGGAUGCCUGUAAUGCAUGACCCAGCAUUGCAGACUUUUAGAGGGCUUCCUGAUGCACCUUCCGCAUGAGAAAUGCCCUGUCCGUGUAGCACAAAUUGCGCCCCUCUUGCUGGUCAUGCAUUACAAAUUUUUUUAGAGUCCAAAAACAGCAUGACAAGUUGCAACCUUCCAGACCCAGACAUUUUUACAGUUGAUAAUCCCGAAAAAGCGCGUUUUCGGACCGGCUGGGCGCCAGCUCGUCGAUCCGCAGCAGCGGGCGGAGCUCGUUUGCAGUGCCGCCCGCGAAAGAGAGGCGGAAAUUCGCGCCGGAGGACGUUCGGAAACGGAAGAAAAGGCUGCAGAAAAAACUGUUCCAGGUUCUGGCAGAUGCAGGCACCACGGAACAAAGGGAAACAAUAUUACGAACGCCAGCAGUAGAACUUCUAGGAGGUAUUUGUGGACCACCAGAAGAUCUUCCGGGAAGACCUCCUGCAUCUACUUCCUCGAAUGUAGUUCUGAAACAGCUCCCCUCCGUAAAGCAGGUGCAGUUUACGCUCCCCGUGAGCACGCGGCAGGCGCGCACGAAGGAACUGUAUGCGGAACUGUUCAACGGGGCCUGUUUUUGGUUUCCCUUUUCCGAUGCGGAAGCAACGAGAGAAAAAGCGCGGCAGCAGAGAAUGAGGGAGGAAGAGGAGCGGGGGGUGUUUCUCGCGCUCUCUCCCAAUAGAAGCAGCUUGAAAAUGGCGUCUCAGGGAGGGUUUUCAGCAUCAUCUCCUAGUACCGCGGGUACUAAUAGGGGUCAAGAACAUCAGCGCCCGGCCGCAGUUGACUUCUCCGUUUCUCCGGCAGAGCGCGACGAGCUUGCGAGACGGUACUUGCUAAGCAUCGAGCCCUUGAGCAAAACGCGGAAAAUCGUCUACGUGCCGUUCCGCGACGUGAUGCUGCCGAGCGUAGUGGCGCCAUUUUCAUCCUCUUCCAAAUCCAGCAGCGUCGCGCAGGUGCAGAAAAUGGCGGUGUUUUCGGAUACGACGGUGGCGGACUUCAAAAACGGCCUGUUCUAUGUCUACCGGGACAUGUUUUUGGGGCGGCGGUUCGACCUUUUUUCCGCGUCGGACGAGCUGCCUUGGCAGGAUAGCCGCACGGUGGCGUCCUACAUCCCUUUGGCGCCGGAGUUGUUGCAGAGGAAAGAGGAGGGCGGGCAGGAAGGGUAUACAGAAAUGCUUGCUCCUUCGCUUUAAUUCAUCGAGCUUUUUUUUUUUGUUUGGCAAGCAUUAGAGGCGAAUUAUUGCGGACUCUGUUGUGAAAAUGCCUCUCUAACUUCUACACCGACCAGGUCUGACGUGACGAUCGCAGGCAACGUGUUUUCUGGGACGGGUUCCAGUCCCGUUCGGGUUUUUUGGCUCGACUACAAGGACGUGUUUCCGGUCAACGUGGAACUCCCGUUUCCGCUACUCAAAACGACCGCUACAACAACCUCUUCCAGUACAACUACAUCUUCGUUCUCCCUACCCCCAAUAGGUGGGGCCACGCCUUCCAACCCAUCUUCCCCAAAGACUACUUUCACACCCACGCCGACGGUCGCAGUCAACGAGCAGGUGUCGCGCAUCGUGAACUCGCCAAAUCGGUUCCAGACCAAGUUGGAAGCCGCGAAAAAGGCGAAACUGUUUGAGCCGUUCAGGGAAACGAAUUUUGGUAUUGGUGCGACGAACAGCAGCAGUUUAUCGCCAAAUAGACGAGGGACAUCAAACAGUGGAACAGCUUCCACACAAGAAAAGUUGUACUCGGCCCGGAUGUAUGCAUUGCAAAAGCAUCGUACUCGUAUAAAUGCAAGACUUGCAUGACAGAUGUGAUUUCUAGAGGUAAUUCAGCAUGACAAGUUCCGUUUUUCCUUCUGAAAAAAUUUGUGAUGCAAUUCAUACUAGAACUAGUACGAUAUUUUUGCAAUGCAUAGGAUGCAGGUUGCGCACGACCAGACGGUGUCAGAGCUCCGGGAAAUUUUGCGGAAACAUUGCCUUUCCCGAGCAAGUAUGAACCGCAAAAGCAUCGUACUCGUAUAAAUGCAUUACAAAUUUCCUCAGCAUGAGAAAUUAAAUUUGUAAUGGGGAUUUGCCUUAAGGAAAAGAUUUGUAAUGCAUGAUUGCAAUUACUACGAACGGGUACGAUACUUUUGCACAGGAUAGCAAGUAGCAGCGGGUCGGUGGCGGAGGAGGUAUAGAUAGGGUUUAUUUUUGUAGAGACCUGUGCAUGUGCUGCACGAUAAGUGUUGUGGGCAGCACGUCAUGCUAAUGUUCAACAUUUCAAUCCAUAAUUUAUUUGCACUACACAACGUCAGUUCUUCUACACAAUUUUGUCCUCUGAUGAAACAAAGACGAAUAGACACAUACCAUCACUCAACCCAUAACAGGCCGCCGAGCGCACGGAGCUGCUGCUGAUCGAUGGGAAAUGCAUGGCGGAAGGCGACACUCGAACAUUGCGCGACCUGUACGUGACGCCAAAAACCACAGUGCAACUCAUCCGCAUAGUGGAGCAGCGGAAUAACAUACCGCCGACACAGCAGGAGGCGAUAGAGAACCGGUUGAAAGCCCGAAUAGAAGCGAUAGGCAGUAGUAGAACAAGUAGUAGAGCUUCACGACCCGAGGGGAGCUCGACGACGCAAGCCCAAACGGUGGUUCUGAGCAUUUCCAGUUCGUUUUUUCCCAACAAUCUCUCGGAACGCGUGGAGUGCAACGAGCUGUCCACGGUGUUCGAAUUGUUGCUGCUUUUCGAGAACCGCCUACCCGGCACCGCGGCCGAGCGGCUCAACCUCCAGCACCCCGACGGCACAGACAUCGUUCCGUCCGCCUAUCUCGGCGACGUGUUUCCCAGAAACAAAUCUGGCGGUGGUCCGCCGCCACGGGCCGUGCUGGGGCUCAGGUUCAGCUGAGCAUACUUACAGACGCUGCAGUUCUGUCAAUUUGUUAUAAUAUUACCCAUCUAGUAUCAUAACGCUUAAAAACUUUUUCCUAGGUUUAGUACGACCCUAGAACUAGUACACUUACAGCUACACUGCUGACGGUUUGUUUUCGCUUAACUUCACUUCGCAGACGCUUGCUCCGCAAGAGUAAGACGCACGGAUCGAUAGAAGUACUCAAGGUAAAAUAGAAGGAAACAUCAUCGUACUCGUACACGACGGCU